GUGAUUUCUGCAGUCGUUGUAAAAGUGGUAUGGGCUGUUCUUCUUCGGUUGUUGUGAGGCAGAUAAGACGUACUCGACCACAGCCUGACGGUCGCAACAUAACCAUCAAUAGUAAGAAUGACGCUAUCUUUGUUGUCAAUGGUCACUGAUGAUGCUGAGCAGUUGCACUGGUGCCAGUGGGCAGUGCCGUGUCGACAAAGUCGCAAUAGUUACUGAAUGAUUGAAUGACGAUGGCCGAAUGACUGAUCAAUGCAAUAUUAGCAUGUUAUUGAGGCUUCAAGUGUCACUGAAAAGAGCGAUCUUAACCUCAACCAUAACGGUUUAUCCAACAACCGUUCCAAACACACAGACUUGGCUGUGAUAACUGUGACUUCAAUUCCGUCCACAUCUAACCCAGCAGAGCAUAGUUCCUUGGAUGACUUGGGCAAGAUGUCGAUUUCAGGCAGUAACAUUGAUGUCAUGAUCAGCUUUGAUGAAGCAGAUAAAGACAAGGCCAAGAUCUUUGCUGAUAAAUUGACCAAAGCUGGUCUCAAAGUAUGGAUUGGGAUAGGGAAAUCUGGGGGAGAGAAAGGCCUAGCCAUUGUUCAGUGCAAGGCUUUCAUCCAAAUCAUGAGUGCACAAGGAGCAGCUUCUAAGGCACUCCAGGACGAACUGUCACUUGCUUACAUCAGUAACACACCCAUAUUUCCAGUUGGCCUUGCAAACUUUUCAGCAAUUUCUCCAAAUUUAGACAGUGGCAGACGCUUGAUUCUUGCCAAAAUCAACUGGACAUUUUUCACAAAAGACGAGCACUAUGAGAGCAGAUUUGCAAGUUUCUUGAAUAGUCUCAGGACAGAGAUUGAGAGUGGCAUCCCGGACCCUGAUGCAGAUGUCGAAGACGAUGAAAGGUUCACAUCUAUGAAUAGAACGAAAGGAAUGGAAAUAGACUAUGAAGAGGAUCAAGACAUGGUAGAGUUCAUGGCCGAAUUUUCAAAGAAGACUGGCGAUGAAACUCAGGAUUUCUGGACUCGUCAUUUCAAUGAGGAAAGCCAGGUGCCCUGGUUACAAUUCCGUGAUGCAUUCACCGACGAUUAUAAAGUGGAGAUUGUCCGCGUGUUUGGAAUGGACAAAGAAAAAUGGCUCUGUGGAUUGAUUUAUAGAGACAUUUUUGAGCUUGCGAAAGAUGUGAAAAAGUCCAGUUACUUGCAGUUUUGUAUUAACAAGACCGAUGACCCACACUAUUUCUUCUCCCGAGUUCAGGACUACGCCACAGCUAUUGUGGCUAUGAAAGAAGUGUUUGACAUGGAUAGCACUGUCCGAUUGACAGCUGUACAGAAUUUAGGAAAAUUCCGAACUCCCUCAGUUAUCACCACGUUGAUGGAAUUGUUAGAAGAUGCAGAGCCAAAUAUGAGAGCAGUGGCAGCAUUAGCUUUAGGAAGAUCAGGGAAGAAAACAAAGAAAGUUGUUGAUCAUCUUCUCAAGUCGCUGGAAGAUGAGGACAGGUUGGUUAGAGAAAGUGUGUGUCUCUCCUUGGGGAGUCUCAAAGCUGAAAGAGCUGUGCAACCUGUACUCGAUAGGUGGCGUAAUGAUCCAAUAUCAACAGUUCGAGAGGCGGCUAGGAUUGCAAUCACAAAGAUCGGAGGAGAUGAGGCAGCUGGUGCCAUCAAAGUAACACAGGUCCUAUCAGAAGAAAUGGCAAACUUGAGAAAAAAGAGAACCUGAAAUGGACAGUAGCUUCAAUGUUUUGGUUGACAUUCUAAUACUGGCCUCCUCAAUUUGCAAAUGAGAAAAAAUCUUGAUAAAGUCUAGGAUUGCUAUUGGCGUUUUUUCCGUGGUACAAUGUACAGUCAUCAAGCAUAGCCUGAUACUCAAUAUGACUGUACUCAUGGGACAUACGUUAAGACUGAGUUAAAAAUAUUGCUUGUUGUAUACAAAUUUGUAAUAAUUACACCCUUGGAAUAAAAUUUAUUAUACAGUCAUGUGCAUGUAAUCUUACAAUGUACAUGUACACGUGCUCCACAUCUGCGAAGAAUCUUUAUUUCCUUACCUAAGUAUUGCCUACUUUCCGCACAGGCUGUUUUGUGAUAUUGAUAGGCCCAGUGUACAUAAUGUAGUUGUCAGAUAGGUGCAGACAUGAUCAAAUCGUAUUGGAAAGUUUAUUGUGCUAGUAUGAAAUAUUUAUCAUGGCAUAAAUUUAGUGGAUUUUUGCUUGUACUAUAUAACUAUGUAUUUUAUUUAACACUUGGUCUACACUUUUAAUUUGAUCACAUUAUCUUUACACAAAUAGUAGUAUUAACUACAUGUAAAGUGCCUGGUAUUAGAAAUAUAUUGAAACUCAUCUGUUUCAUGACAUUGUAUAAAGUUGUUUUGCAGAGACCUUGCAUGGAUGUCAAGUGGUAUCAGGAAGGUCUUUUACGUAGUAUUGGUACUGGGGCUUAGUUUAUCUGAAGGCUAGCUGAAGUGUCCAUAUCAAGCAAGGCUUCUACUUGACUAGACAACCAGAGGCUCAGGAGCCAUGCAGACAACACAGCUGUUUGAUUGAUGAGGUCUCCACAGGUUGUUCUGAUGUAUCCUUCCACUUGCGUAGCUAGAUAAAUAUUUUUCACGCUAAUGGAUACUUCAACAAUAUGACUGUACGAAUCUUCUCUUAUUGAGAAUAAAAUGUUUCUCUUAA